GGGCAGCCUUACUGCAGGGAGGCAGGGAGGGGACUCUGGGCCCGGGCGAGAUGAGGGGACUGGCCCUUGGCCUUGUUGGGGCUGCGAAGAGCCGGACACAUCUUCGAGCCCGGGCGGGGCGCGGUCGGCGUGUAAACGCUCCCGGGCGAGGAAGCUGCGGGCGCGGAGCGUGGACCUGCCUCGGAGCAGCUGUAAAGGCGCCUUUUGUCUGCUAGUCCCUUCACAAGUUACGGAUCGUGCUCCACACUAAGAAAAAUGAGAAUUGGUACAGAUUAUGAAACAUCAAGUGGUUAAAAAAAUGAGGGAACCAUACCAUGAUGCAGAUUUGAAGGAAUGAUGUGUGUGCAGAUUUUCCACCAGUUAGCUUGGUCAUAGCUGUUGUGGGUGUUUGCAUUUUUAGUUGCUUAGAAUUCUGACUCAGGUUUCACCCUUAGCUCAGAACUUGAAUACUAGAUCAUUGGAAACCCUGGACUUUUGUUCAGUAGAGGAGGAACGGACACUUGGUUCACUUGGACUAGUAGAUUUGCCAGAGAGUAUAUGAAAGGUUAUACUAAGUGCUUUCAUUUUUCUGCACUUCAUUUUGUCAUCUCUGUUGGCUGUAAAUAUUCCUGCCUGUCACAACAGUGGUGAGAAUAGGGGGAAACAUCUGAAUUUCUAAAUUAAGAAUAAAAUUUGUGGGGAAGAAAAAGAGUUUUGUGAUAUGAAAAUAUCAAUUAAAAAUCAGUUUGUUUUUUAAAAUGUAUCUGUUAACUUAGUUUUUGACUGAAUCAGCUGUGUGGAAGGGCAGGAAACUUAAAUGUGAAAUAAGGACUCUGCUUGUAUUUCCUCUGGGAAAAUAAAGGAGUCAUGAAAUACAGAACUACAGUAGCAAUGAAAAAACAAGAUGGAAAGAGGGCUAAAAUGAAAGAAUUGAAUGGCUUUGCCUGUAUCCCCUUAUUUGUCCAGUUGUUUUUAUUUACCUGUCAUAUUUAUACAUGAUACUGUAAUUUUAAAAUUGUAAUUGCCUUUUGUUGCCAGUUCUCAACAUUUUUUUGUCUUGAGAUUCAUCCUUGGACUACUGCUGUCCACCUUUUGCAUGAGACUCUUAAAUAUGUUAUUACUCCAAUCUUAGCUCCAGAAGUCAUUAAAAAAAAAAUCAAAAUUCAUUCUCCCUGAAGAGGUACCACAAAAAGUAAAAUAAAUACCAGAAAAUAACAAAUUUGCACGGUCUUGAGAAUAAUCCAUAAACUGUGUCUUGGAUAGGCAUGGUAAUGUUCUAUGGUGUGUGAGAGAGACAAAAAAAAAAAAAAAGUGUGGGUUAGUUAGGGAGACUAAUUUGUCAACCAGAGAAAAACAGCAUUGUUCAUUUUACAGCAGAAUGAAAGGGUUUAUAUAUUUUUCAAUGUCAUGUCUUGCAAAUGAUGAUGGACUCCUUUCUUGUGCUUUCAGCUACAAAAGACCCCACAGCUGUAGAGAGAGCAAACUUGUUAAACAUGGCUAAGUUGAGUAUCAAAGGACUCAUUGAAUCUGCUCUGAGCUUUGGCCGCACUUUGGAUUCUGACUAUCCCCCCUUGCAGCAGUUCUUUGUUGUUAUGGAACAUUGUCUGAAACAUGGUCUUAAAGUAAGAAAAUCAUUUUUGAGUUAUAACAAAACUAUCUGGGGUCCCUUGGAACUGGUGGAAAAGCUGUACCCAGAAGCAGAGGAAAUAGGAGCCAGUGUCCGGGAUUUACCUGGUCUCAAGACCCCCCUGGGUCGUGCAAGAGCAUGGCUUCGAUUAGCCCUCAUGCAAAAAAAAAUGGCUGAUUACCUGCGUUGCUUAAUUAUUCAAAGGGAUCUCCUAAGUGAAUUUUAUGAGUAUCAUGCACUAAUGAUGGAAGAAGAAGGAGCAGUGAUUGUUGGGCUGCUGGUUGGCCUGAAUGUGAUAGAUGCUAAUCUCUGUGUAAAGGGAGAAGAUUUAGACUCACAAGUUGGAGUGAUUGAUUUUUCCAUGUAUUUAAAGAAUGAAGAAGAUAUUGGAAAUAAAGAAAGGAAUGUUCAAAUUGCUGCCAUAUUAGACCAGAAGAAUUAUGUUGAAGAAUUAAACAGACAACUGAACAGCACAGUCAGCAGUCUCCAUUCAAGAGUUGACUCAUUAGAAAAGUCAAAUACUAAGCUGAUUGAAGAGUUAGCAAUAGCAAAGAAUAAUAUCAUUAAACUCCAAGAAGAAAAUCAUCAAUUACGAAGUGAAAAUAAAUUGAUUUUAAUGAAAACACAGCAGAACCUAGAGGUUACCAAAGUAGAUGUGGAAACUGAGCUUCAAACAUAUAAGCAUUCUCGGCAGGGGCUUGAUGAAAUGUACAACGAGGCCAGAAGGCAGCUUCGAGAUGAAUCUCAGUUAAGACAGGAUGUGGAGAAUGAGCUAGCAGUACAAGUUAGUAUGAAACAUGAGAUUGAACUUGCCAUGAAGUUGUUGGAGAAAGAUAUCCAUGAGAAACAAGAUACUCUGAUAGGCCUUCGGCAACAACUAGAGGAAGUUAAAUCAAUUAACAUAGAGAUGUAUCAAAAGUUGCAGAGUUCUGAAGAUGGCUUGAAAGAAAAAAAUGAAAUAAUUGCCCGACUAGAAGAAAAAACCAAUAAAAUUACUGUAGCUAUGAGGCAGCUGGAACAAAGAUUGCAGCAAGCAGAGAAGGCGCAAAUGGAAGCUGAAGAUGAAGACAAGAAAUAUCUACAAGAGUGUCAGAGUAAAUCCGACAGUCUGCAGAAACAAAUCUCCCAAAAGGAGAAACAGCUGGUGCAACUGGAAACUGAUUUGAAGAUUGAGAAGGAAUGGAGGCAGACUUUGCAGGAAGAUCUUCAAAAGGAGAAAGAUGCCUUAUCUCAUCUUAGAAAUGAGACCCAGCAAAUCAUUAGUCUUAAAAAAGAGUUCCUUAACAUCCAGGAUGAAAAUCAGCAGUUGAAAAAAGUACAUCACGAACAGGAGCAAGCUCUUCAAGAACUUGGCAGCAAACUUAGCGAAUCAAAACUUAAAAUAGAAGAUAUAAAAGAAGCCAACAAAGCACUGCAGGGACUGGUUUGGUUGAAAGACAAAGAAGCAACACAUUGUAAACUUUGUGAAAAGGAAUUCUCACUCUCCAAGAGAAAGCACCACUGUAGAAACUGUGGGGAAAUUUUCUGUAAUGCUUGCUCUGACAAUGAACUGCCGUUGCCUUCUUCACCAAAGCCAGUACGGGUUUGUGAUUCCUGUCACGCAUUGCUGAUCCAGAGAUGCUCAUCUAACUUGCCAUAAAACUCCAGAACUAAGUCCUUACGUCUGAAAGUACCUACAAUGGAUGGUUAAUGUAUGAACCUGCAUAUGCUGUGUUUAGACAGUCCUUCUUAAGCAGCUUUCAGAUGGUAUUAGUUAAUCAGUUUUAUCUUCCACACAUUCAUGGGAAUUAGAAGCUAUAGAAUAGCUCAUUGUUAUUCAAGAACUUUCAACAGGGCAUGCUUUAACUUUAGCUUAAUUCCUCAUUAACUUUUAACGCCAUUUAAAUCAUGCAACUUUUAACGCCAUUUAAAAGGCCAGAUAACAAAGCUCACACACACACACACACACACACACACACACACACACACACUUGCCUUAUUUUGUAAAGGCCUUCUGUAGGGGUGCAUAUUAAUUCUCCAGAUUGUCAAGUUGGCAUUUGAUGAUGCCUGUAGUUUUAAUGCACUUUAAAGCUUCACAGUUUUCAGAGAAAGAUCAGAAAUACAUUGGACUUUUUGCAAGUAUUAAUAUUCCAACUCCAGACUUUUCCUUAGCUUGCAAAGAUUUCAACCUUAACUUUGUCCUUUCUGCCCUACUUCAUUUGCCCGUCUUGCAUUAGAAAAGGCCAGUACUUUAUCCUAUAGAAUUUCCUUUUGGUCAUCCUCUAAUCAUUAAUGUAUUUAUUAGUAUUUCUCAGAUACAGCGGUUUAAAGAGGUAUUAUUUUACCUCAGUUUUUUCCUUUGAAAGGAAAUUGAAACUUAUCCUCCUUUACCUUUUUUACCAAAAAAAGAAAAAAGUUCUUACAGAUCUUUCCAUAUGCUAUACCUGCUAACACUGCUAGUUUUUUCAGGGAGGGCUCAUACCUCUUUCAAAAGAAAAAUCUGUCCCCAGAAAAAAGGUUUAUUAAUAGUAAGGGAUUACAGGCUCCUGAUUGGUUCUCCUCUGAGCAUUAAAGGAGAAAUCUAAAAUAGCUAAACUUUGCCUUUGAUAGGACUUGGGUAAUUAACUUUAUUAGAUUUCCAUUCUAGUGACUUUUAGGAAGCAUUACAUCAUAGUGAUCCACUACUGCAGUUAUAAACACAGUGAACUCUUCACCAUAUAAUGAGAACCUCUAAGGCAGGAUUCUUUCUGGAACAGAUGAUCUGGUCUCAGCCCUGCCAUGAACUAUGUCAAGCAUGAAAGAUUCAGUGAACACUAAUCCCAUUGUACUGCUUGUAGCAUACCAAGAAUAUGUAAAGUUACCCUUGUAUGAGUAAUCUUUGAAUAGCAUCACCACUUGGGAGACCCCUCUUAGGUAUUUUUAGCCAUGCACUUUAAGUCUAUGAAUCUUUCAGUCAGAUAGGAAUUUAUUAAUCCCAGGAAUAUUAUAGAGAAUUAAUCAUGACCACUUCCCUCCUACCUAAAAUGGUUACUUACUCUGCAGGAUCAUUUCCUCAGAAUAUACGUAUUUUCACUUGGGUUUAAAAAAUGAAUUUUCUAAAUUGCCAAAGUAUGAAACCAGUAUUUUACUUGCAUUAUUUUCUCCAUAUCCAGUUAGCUUUUGAGGUCUUCAGUUAGAACUGCUGUACAGAUUUUUAGGUGGUCUUUCUUGAAUGUCGACAGAAAUAUUGUCAAGAGAUGAAUUAUAUUCUUGAACUGUUUUGUAUUGAUGGGAUGAAUUAACAUUUUUAUGAUUACUAAAAAUGAGAAUAAGAAAAUAUGAAAUUUCAAAUACUAGGUGUUUAUUACUGUGCUUACUAGAACAAAUUUUUGAAUGUGAUUUUGCUUAAAUUCCAAGGCUGGCUUCAUUCAACAGACCAUGAUUUUCAGUCCCCUUUAAAUUCAUUAUUCAAAACUCCCAUUAUCCCCAUUGAUUUGGGCUUUUUGUAUGCAAGCUUUUCGGACAAUACAACUUCAUUUAGUUUGGGCUCUUAUUUAAAAACUAUUACUAAAUUUUGGAUUUUGUUAUAAAACUUAAUUUGUACUGCAAAACUUAAUUUGUAUUGUGAAUCUACACUUUCUAUUUGUCAAGAUUUGCCCUCAUAGAAACUAUUUAUGAAUCUCACAAACCAUUCCGUCUAGCCAGUACUACAGUAAUGCUAUGGUGGUGCCAAGGAAUUGUAAUUCUUUGUGAUGUUUUAAAACAAAAUGUGAAUUUUAUAAACCAAAUAAAAAAUAUGAAAAAUUGCCCUUUGAAAGGCUAACUUGCA